UCUUCUCGUUCACUUUCGGUACAAGUAGCAAGAGCCAAACAAUCAAAAAAAAAACAAAUUUCAAAAAUUCGGUCUUCUAUUCGCAAAGCAAGUAAGGUUCGUCCUGCUCAAUUCCAACAAGAAGUUAAUAAGUUAUUUAAAGCUAAUAAUAAUGAAUACAAUGCAAAAUUUGUGAAAUUGGCUACUGAUAUUAGCACUAUCAGGCGAACCUCAAUAUAUGCAACAGUAGAAUGUACCAAAGCUGUUUAUCAAUUUUUAACUAGUGAAAUACCACAACACUGGGUAAUGACAUCAAUCUUGGCAUGGUGGAAUAAUGAGAUAGCUGCCUUAUCUUUCAUCCAAAACCGCCCUGUCGAUGCUUCAAGAUUUUUUGGCUAUGGCAUCAUAGUUGAUAAAAGUACACGUAAAGAAACAAAG